CAUAAAAAAAAAAAAGAGUGAGAGAGAAAUCUAUCUAAGCGAGCUAGCUAGCAAACAGAAACCCUCUCCAGUGGAGAACGAGAGGAGAGAGAUGUUAUUCAAUUUCUGAGCUAAGUUAGCUUGAUUACGGAAGUGGAACCAAGAGGUAAGCCAGAUUUAUGAACAAUUUAGAUUCAUUCAAGUCCCUUGAUUUUCUUUUUUCUGGAGUUAAUCUCUUAAUAGGAUCUUGAGAUCUUCAUUAAUUCUUCCUCAUUAUUGUUUCUUUGCUCCCAAAUUAAGUAGAUUGCUGUUGUUUCUUUCAACUUCCAACUCCGGAUAACCACUCCUUCGUACUUCGUUUUUUUGUUUAAUUACUUUGGGGAUCUACAUAUAGUCCCGUUUCUCUUUCUUCUUGCCUGAUCUAAAAUCCUAAAGAAUCUCGUCAUUUAAUUUAUUUCUUUUUCUGAGUGUUCGUACUUUUGUAUUUUUGGCUUUCUAGGUAUUCUUGUUUAGUGUUGUAGUGGCUAGAUUUAGUUAGCAAACCAAAGCUUUGGGAUCGAGAAAGAUGUUGGGUCGAUCUGCGUUAUCAAGAGCCGGAGGCUUUAGGCCUGAAAACCUAGGCCAAAAUGCCUUGGCCAUGAUAGGCAAUCUUUGCUUCACUUUGUUUGUGGUAGGAGUACUGGUGUUCACAAUUAUCGCGGCUACAUAUGAGCCCGAGGACCCUCUGUUUCACCCAUCAACGAAAAUGACCUCAUUCCUCACAUCCAAAUCAAAUGCCACCUUCAAAGCUGAUGAUACUGUUGUCAAAACCGGGGAGGAUUUCAUGGGCCCGAACCAAACGGCAUUUGCCACUUUUAUCAACAUAACGGACGUCGAAAACCCAGAGAAUACCCCUGAGGUUACGUCAACAGAUUGUGAUGUCAAUGCGCCUAUAGAUUGUAAGGACCCGGAAGUGUUUCAUUUGAUGAUGAAAGCAACGAUAGAGCAAUUCAAGGAUAUCCACUUCUACAAGUUUGGGAAACCAACUCCUGGUUCAAAUGAUAGUACCUGUGAUAUGGCAUGGCGGUUUAGGCCUAAGGAUGGGAAGACGGCUGCUUUUUAUAAGGAUUAUCGGAGGUUUGUGAUAACUAGGUCGGCUGACUGUGCAAUCACUGUGGCCGGAAUGGGGGAGUAUCAUUCAGGUGUGAAUGCAAGAAAGAGGAAAAGGAACCAAAAACCUGGAUUUGAGAAGGUGCCUGAAAAGGAAGAACAACAGAAUUUGUUGCCAGUUGUUGGUGAAACUGUGAAUGAUUCCCUUCCAGUGGUUGAGUCUGAAAAUGUAUUUAGUCAUGGUAAGUACUUGUUUUAUACAGGUGGUGGGGAUAGGUGCAAGAGCAUGAAUCACUAUUUGUGGAGUUUCUUGUGUGCUUUAGGUGAAGCACAGUAUUUGAACCGAACUUUGGUUAUGGAUUUGAGUCUUUGUUUGUCAUCCAUUUACACUUCCUCGGGUCAGGAUGAGGAAGGGAAAGACUUCAGGUUUUACUUUGAUUUUGAGCAUUUGAAGGAGUCAGCAUCUGUUUUAGAUCAGGGUCAGUUUUGGUUAGAUUGGGACAAAUGGCAGAAGAAAGAUGGUUUGACUCUUAACCUUGUGGAGGAUUUCAGGAUCACCCCAAUGAAGCUUGCUGAAGUGAAGGAUGCUUUGAUUAUGAGGAAGUUUGGAACGGUGGAGCCAGAUAAUUACUGGUACAGAGUGUGUGAAGGGGAGACAGAAUCUGUUGUUCAAAGGCCAUGGCAUCUGUUAUGGAAAUCAAGGAGGUUGAUGGAUAUUGUGUCUGCAAUUGCAACCAAGUUGUCGGUUGAUACAGAAGUGUUUUUGAGAGGCAAGAAGCAGAUUGAGACCUUCAAUGAUCUGACCAAUGAUUGCAAGGAUGGCCUUAACACCUGCAACAAUGCAGCUACAUGAUUCCCAAUGCAUGAAGGUUGGAAAGUUUGCUGUUACUACAUUUGGUUACAGUUCACGUGUACUUCUAGCCAUUUCUCUUUGUUACUUUUCAGAAAUUAUAAGCCACCAUUAGUAGUUUUGGCGUUGACUAGCGUAAUUUGGAAACUGGAAAGAAAAGAAAAGAACUUUGAAUGCUUCAUUACCAGGGACCAGGCUUUAGCUAGUGAAUUCAUGAUUGUAUUUCAUCGUCAUUUUAUUAUUUAUCUGCUCAUACCAUUUCUUGUCGACUUUAUUUAUACAUAUG